CGGGCAGCUGGGUGGGGGGGGUCGACGCGGAUAUAAGGAUUGGCGCCGGCGCCACAGCUGAUGUAUUCAUUCAUCGAUCACCGAAGAGGAGCGGAGCCAUAAAUUAACUCAACACAAUGUCCAGACGCAGUGGUCGCAUCACGUUGCAGGCCAGAGACUCAAACACACUCGAGCCGACCGCCAGAGCGCUGCUGAAGAGGAGGAAGCCAGAGCCCUCAACGAAAAAGCUGCAACCUGCGGCCAAAAAACAAAGCUAUGAGAUCCAGACGUGUUGGUCGGAGGACGGGGGGAGUCCGUGCGUCCUCAUCGAGACCCCCCACAAAGAGCUGGAGCCAGCAGACCCGUCCAGCUUCAAGCAGUACACCUUCAAGAACCUCUUCAUCCAGCCCUCCCCCAUCCCCCGCCUCAGCUGGGCCAGCUCAGACGACGUGUGGAUCAAGAUGCUCAACAAGGAGCUCAAGUACGUCCACGACAAGAGCUACCUGCAGCGGCACCCCAAGCUGCAGCCCAAGAUGAGGGCCAUCCUGCUGGACUGGCUGCUGGAGGUGUGCGAGGUGUACUCGCUCCACCGGCAGACGGCCUACCUCGCCCAGGACUUCUUCGACCGCUUCAUGCUGACUCAGGAGAACGUCAACAAGGACUACCUGCAGCUCAUCGGCAUCUCGGCGCUCUUUGUGGCCGCCAAGAUAGAGGAGAUCUACCCUCCUAAAAUCACAGACUUCGCCUACGUCACCGAUGGCGCCUGUGACAUUUGGGACAUCCAGCGCACGGAGCUCCACAUACUGAAGGCGCUGAACUGGAGCCUCUGUCCCGAGACGCCCAUCAGCUGGCUGAAGCUGUACGCUCAGGUGGAGGCCCAGACGGACCAGGAGAACUUCUUGGUGCCGCAGUUCUCUCAGGAACUGUACAUCCAGGUCACGCAGCUGUUGGACCUGUGCAUGCUGGACAUCAGCUCCUUGGACUUCAGCUACAGCGUUCUGGCUGCAGCCGCCUUCUGCCACUUCUCCUCGUUUGACGUCGUUCACAAAGUCUCAGGGCUGACGUGGGACGGCGUGUCUCCUUGCGUGCGGUGGAUGAGUCCCUUCAUGGACGUGCUGCGAUCUCAAGCCGCGCCUCAACUCAAGAACUUCCCCAAAGUGAGGCCCGACGCCCGCCACAACAUCCAGACGCACGUGGCUUACCUGGACCUGCUGAGGAAGUCUCAGGAACAUCAGCUGGACAGCCUGGACAGUCGGCUGUCGCCCGUCGCCGUGGGAACCGUCCUGACUCCGCCCAAUAGCACAGAGAAGCCGGCCAAUCACUGACCACGGCCGCCCACCUUGACCCGAGGUGACCUCUCGGCCCGACUGGAUGUAGCGAGUCGUUUUCUUUCCAGGAACACUAAAUGAGGAAAUGUGACUCCUGUGCUUUUUAUUUCUGUUGAACUGAUUUGGUUUUAGUUGAACGUUGGUACAUCUCAUGUUUUGGUCAGCAGGUGUAGAGGGAGGAGGCCGACGGCCUCUGUAGACGCUCUGCGUCGCCUCCGUCGGGUUCUCCACCAGAUGAAUUCCUUCCGCUCUGAACCCAGUGGCUUUACGUUCACUGUAAAAACCACCUCCACUAAAUUCCCAUCUUAAAACGCGCGUCGUCUCCUCGAAGAAGCUGUGACGCUCCGUUUGUGCCUCGUGAGCCGUGCCAACAAACGGGGCCUUUACCCGUGACCUCUGACCCCUUGGGGGGGGCCUUGAACGCAGCGCGACCCGCCCGCGUCUCCACCUGUUGCUCAGCAGCGACCCGGCUGCUCGCUCUCGUUACUUUCCUGGGAAACUUGACAUGCUUUAGAAACACUGCAUACGAUUCAGUGCUGGUAUUUAUUAAUAAGGACUAAAUGUUUAUAUGUACAAACCAAAUGCAGAAGCUGUGUGUGGCUUUGCAGACGCGUGCUGUGAGCGACUGUUCCUCCCUAAUGUUGUACACUCGUUAGUGCCUUUACAGUAUGAACUGAUGUCCAGCAGCGUGUGCAAAUGGAGCAAAUGUGUAACUGUCUUUUAUAUUGGAAUGUUUUAAAUAAAUGAAGUCGAGUGACACUUCACUGAGUCCUGUGAUGACAUUCAAGAGAAGUGACUCGUCUACUGU